AUGGAGAACGAAAAGGGAGAGAUCGUUGAUCUCUACGUCCCCCGCAAGUGCAGUGCUACCAACCGCAUCAUCAAGGCCAACGACCACGCCUCUGUCCAGAUUUCCAUCGGAAAGGUCGACGAAAACGGCCGCUACACUGGUGAGAACGAGACCUACGCUCUCUGCGGCUUUAUCCGUUCCCGUGGCGAGAGCGAUGACUCCUUCAACCGCCUUACCCAGCGUGACGGUUACCUCAAGAAUGUCUGGAGCGCCAGCCGCCAGCGAUAA